CAUGAUGGGCGGAGCUUAUGCUAGAACAAUGGAACCAGUUGUCGAACAAUCGUGGAUACGUCCUGGAUUAGACGCAAACAUGGCUAUGGCGCCUCAUGUUGAAGAUAUGAAUACAGCAACUGAUAUGUACUUUCAAUCAGCUCUGGACAAUGGUAGAAUGAACAAUUAUUAUUCUACAAGGGGUGUACAUCCGUACACAUCCACUCCAGCUGCAGCCGGUUCCACGUCUUCCUGCCGGUCUUUCUCAUCGUCAUUUUCGUGGCCAAUUGAAAAAUCUUGGCCAUCUUCUCUAUCCGAAUCGCAGAACAUCACCGGAAGCUGGAGUAAAUGGCCUCAGGCAUCUUACGGGAAUGGAUCAACUGGUCUUUUUCCAUAUUUGCCAACUCCUCCAAAGGAAACAACUCCGGAAGCAUCUUCUUCCGACCAACAACAGUAUUCGAAUACCGCUCAAACACCUCCUAAUAAUUCAACGGAACAGGCGAAAGAGGAGCAACAGCAGCCAGAAAGUUCAACGGCUAACGCAUCAUCAUCCGCCAUGACUCUCUCAUCUUAUCAUCCAGCCGCUGCUUAUAGUGGCUAUAUGUCGUCAUCUGCAGAUUAUUCGUCGAGUCUCUUCCAUCCCGCCGCAUCUAUGUUCAAAGCGGCCACUUUGGCUCGAGUUCGAACGCAGAAGAGGUCCAGUUCGGGCGAUGAGGAAAAGAAAACGUGUCAGCAACGCUAUGCGGAUGAGUGA